UGAUGUGAUCCCUUUCACGUGGGGGAUUUUUUUUUUUUUUUUGGUGUGUGUGUUCCCCUUUUCGAAUCUAAUGAAAUCCACAUGGCUCCACCAUCUGUAUAUUUGCUAUUACUGCCGAUUUCCAUUGCCCGUCUUCAUGACCUAAACUUGCGAUAAGAAAAUGGUGAGAUGUUUGGGCAGAGAAUGGUGUGAUUCAGGCAUGUGGGUUGUUCCUGUUUAAGAUAGUGAGAGAGGCUAAGUUUGAUAUCUCUCCACAUGGGAACGUACUCUUUUUGUUCCUAUAGUUUUUAUUGUUAUAUGUUUUUUCUCUAUCAGAGCAGAGCUAUCAUGUGAACAUGUCUCUCUCCAUAUGAAGCUGCGUUGAACACGGAGAAAGUAGAUUUGUUGUAUGCUAUUGCAUGGAAAGAUGGUGCGUGACGCUAAAAGAGUCCACAAUUGAGUGUUUGUCUGGAUCUUAGGCUAUUGGGUAUAAGAUAAGCGGCGAUCAAAUAGUUGUGAUACUGAAGAUUGCUCUUGUUUCUGUUGCUGUCCUUUUAAGUCAUCUCUCAGUUUUCAUGAUAUCUUCUUGUUCGUGCAAUUCUUGAGGAACUUUGGCUGCUCUAAUGCAGAUCUGCACGUGCGACUAGCCUGCAAAGAGUAGAAUUGGAGAUUGAGUUCAAGUUUGAUAUGGAUCCUGAGAUUGGAAAGUGUUCGACAUCUCAAAAGAAGAAUUCUUGGAAGGCAACAUUGCUUUUAGCAUAUCAAAGUUUAGGCGUGGUGUAUGGUGACUUGAGCAUUUCCCCUUUGUAUGUCUACAAGAGUACGUUUGCAGAUGACAUCACCCAUUCAGAGAGUAAUAAAGAGAUCUAUGGUGUGCUCUCCUUGGUAUUCUGGACGCUUACCCUUGUCCCUCUUUUCAAGUAUGUCUUCAUAGUUCUUAGAGCUGAUGAUAAUGGCCAGGGUGGUACUUUUGCAUUGUAUUCAUUGAUAUGUAGACAUGCCAAGGUGAGCCUUCUGCCUAAUAGGCAGGCAGCAGAUGAAGAACUAUCCACAUACAGACAUGAGUGCCCUCCAGAAGCAAAUUAUAAGUCAAGGAUCAAGGUUUUGCUUGAGAAGCACAAGAACUUGCAUAUUGCGUUGCUUAUAGUGGUUAUGCUUGGGACAUGCAUGGUGAUUGGAGAUGGUGUGCUCACACCAGCUAUAUCAGUUUACUCUGCUGUCUCAGGGCUUCAGUUGUCUAUGUCUGAAGUUCACCAAGAAUAUGUUGUGGUUCCUAUCACUUGCUUCGCAAUAUUGUGUUUGUUUGUGCUCCAACACUAUGGCACUCAUCGGGUUGGUUUCUUGUUUGCACCAAUUGUCUUGACUUGGCUACUGUGCAUUAGUGCACUUGGCAUAUGCAAUAUCAUUCAGUGGAAUCCACAUAUCUACAAAGCACUUUCUCCAUAUUACAUGUUCAAGUUCUUGAAGGAAACAAGAAAGGCUGGGUGGAUGUCCUUGGGUGGUGUCCUAUUAUGCAUGACAGGUUCAGAGGCAAUGUUUGCAGAUCUUGGUCAUUUCUCAUACACUUCAAUUCAGAUCGCUUUCACUUUAUUUGUUUAUCCAGCACUAAUACUGGGAUACAUGGGUCAAGCAGCUUAUUUAUCCAGACAUCACAAAAAUGACACAAGUUACCAUAUUGGUUUUUAUGUUUCUGUUCCAGAAUGGGUAAGAUGGCCUGUCCUUGUGAUAGCCAUACUAGUUUCCAUUGUGGGAAGUCAAGCAAUUAUUAGUGGAACAUUCUCUAUCAUAAACCAAAGCCAAUGUCUUGGUUGCUUCCCAAGAGUCAAGGUAGUUCACACCUCCAACAAGAUAAAUGGCCAGAUCUAUAUCCCAGAGAUCAAUUGGAUGCUCAUGGUUCUCUGUGUAGCAGUUGCUGUCGGCUUCAGAGACACAAAACACAUGGGCAAUGCAUCAGGCCUGGCAGUAAUCACGGUGAUGCUGGUUACAACAUGCCUCACUUCCUUGGUCAUAAUCUUAAGAUGGCACAAGUCCCCUCUUUUGGCCCUUUGCUUUCUCUUUUUCUUUGGCUCCAUUGAGGCCCUCUAUUUCUCUGCGUCCCUUGUUAAAUUUCUUGAUGGUGCUUGGCUUCCCAUCCUUCUUGCCCUCUUCCUUAUGAUUGUUAUGUUUACCUGGCACUAUGCCACAACUAAGAAGUAUGAGUUUGAUUUACACAACAAGGUCUCCCUAGACUGGCUCCUUGCACUGGGCAACUCCCUUGGCAUUACACGUGUUCCUGGCAUUGGCCUUGUGUACUCUGACCUUGUAUCUGGUGUGCCGGCUAACUUUUCGCACUUUGUAACUAACCUCCCGGCAUUCCACCACAUCUUAGUUUUUGUUUGUAUAAAAUAUAUUCCUGUUCCAUUUGUGCCACCUGCAGAAAGGUACCUUGUGGGUCGAGUGGGCCCACCAGAUCACCGGUCUUAUCGGUGCAUUGUGCGGUAUGGCUAUCGCGAUGUCCACCAGGACAUGGACUCGUUUGAGUCUGAGCUCAUUAUGAGUCUAGCUGAAUUCAUACAGUCUGAAGCAUCCUAUCAUGGAAACCAGCAUAGCAAUGUUGUUGAUGGUCAGCUCACUGUUAUUGGAAGCCUGCUGCCAAGAGACUAUGAAUUCGAGGAAAGCAUCCAACAGGCAAGGAGCUCAACGCAGUCCUUAAGUGAAAGAAAUGUUAAAGAGUUGGAACCUGUGGACAGUGUGAAAAAAGUUAGGUUCCAAAUAGAGGAUACUGAUUGCUCAAAGAAGGAUGGGCCUGCAAGGGAGGAGCUGGAGGACCUGUUGACAGCACGAGAGGCUGGUACUGCUUUCAUCCUGGGACAUUCACAUGUACACGCAAAACCAGGAUCGUCGAUCAUGAAGAAGAUAGCAAUUAAUUUUGGCUACAAUUUCCUAAAGAGGAAUUGCCGGGGGCCAGAUGUGGCUCUCCGAGUGCCUCCAGCAUCUCUCCUUGAAGUUGGGAUGGUCUAUGUCUUGUGAGCUGAAGCCUGUGUGGUCAUCUAGUGUGCCAGUCUGUGCAGAUGCAUAGAGGUAAGCAAUUACUGGCUAAAGACCUGGGGAAGAUAUAAUGUGUUUGGAAAGCCUUAAAUGGGGUAAGAUACAAACUGAAGCUUGAGAGAAAGCCUCCUUAUUGAGGUUGCAGCCUAGCUCCAAUCUCCUACAGGCCAUUUGAGUUGUUCAUGAAUAGAGCUGACCAUGGUUAUAUUGUAUAUUGAAAUUGUAGGUCUCCAUAAAAUGAUCCGAUGAUAUCAGAGCAAUGAUAGUAUGGUCAGCAUUAAAAGUUUGUUUGGAUGUGUCAUGUAUAAUUUCUAACUUGAAAAAGACUAAUGCAACAGCCUGUAGAUUUUUGUAAGUUUUGAACAAAUGGUUAUUCACUUUUUUGGUCUACUUCUCUA